AUGGGGUCAUCAAAGCCUGAAGGGAGUCUCUCUGAGACUACUGGCGACACGCGCAAUGAAUCUGCUCAUGACGUCGCCCAAAAUCAAUAUCAAUUUGAAAACAAUACAACAUUGACUGAGAAAAAUGACAAAGAGUUCGAGGAAGCCUCGGCGGUGGUGGCGCGGCACGUCAAGCUGCUGCGGGAGUACAACGAGAUCAAGGACGUCGGACAGCAGCUGAUGGGCAUGGUCGCCGAGCUCCGGGGCGUCACAGUUGGGAGCCUGUACCGGACGGGGGAAUUUGGUGUCGGGCCCAAAGACUGA